AUUGUUUGAAUACCAACACAUUGUUUGAACAUCAACACCUACUCUCACCCAACCUACACACACACAUACACAUACACACAUCUAUAUCAUCACUUACUUAUUAUCAACAACAUGCGCGCCGCCUUAUCUCUUGCGAGCCUAGCGCUCGUCUGCGCUGUCCAAGGCCGUGCGUUCAACCCCCGAACCGUACCCGCAGACCGCUGGAACCAAGGCACCGUCGCGCCAAUUGACGAUGAUAAAUUCUGCAGUCCAUCAUCAGGCUUCAAGAAGGCGGACAAGUCGAAGCUAGCUGCCCUGGAAGAUUGCCAAAAGAUUUACGAUUACUACAACUACAAACCCGACAGAGACACCGGCUACAUGUUUCUCGGGCACAACCCAGCGAUCCUUUCAAAGAACCCCUACAAUGAGAUUUACACAAAGGGCUCAUGCCAAUUCGCCCUUCGACCCCUGGAUGUCGCCGAUGGCGUGGGCAUGAUCACGUGGGGCGAUGUCGCCGAUACCAUUGCGGAGGCCAUAGCCCACCUCACUGUCGACGGGAAGGUGGGAGGCUAUGGAGUCAUGGAUUGCCAUGUGCCGAAGACUGACCACUAUAAAAUAAUUGACCCGGAUGUGAAGGCGUUCGCAAAGCGCAAGUGGGGAUGGGGAAUCUGGCUUAGGGGCUCUGAGAAAGAUUGCCUUAGCUACGACACAGACGGGUGCGGGCACCCCGACUAUUAGAGUCUUACCUGUCAAUGUUUACUAGAGUUGUGUGCGCUGCUGGUCGGAGCGAGCUUUCUGAUGGAGCAUGUAGACUAGGUACCUAGAUACUUUUGAGUGUGUCACUCGCUGGAUUCGAGAAUGGUACUGACAGAGGAUAUAGUCACAUAGUGGCUGUAUUAGACCUUCUGACUGUAUUAGGACCGCCUUGGAGAGCUGAGAAGUUUGAGAAUCAAUGGUUAUUGAGCUCUUCUG